CGAGCGGGCUGUGGCAGGGCCGCCGGCCCAGCGAGGCGAGCGCGGUGGGGUGGACCAACUACACCCCCUGCUUCCCGCAAGAAGUUCAGAACCUCUUCGUCAAAGUCUACGACAAUGAACACGUUGCACAGCUAAAAUUCGAAAUAGCGCUGCGCACUAGAUACAUGGAAAUCGCUGGCUUCAGUAUAUCUCUCGUCGCGUUGGUGGUGUCUCUUUUUAUUUUUUCAUACUACAGAUCUUUGCGGAACAACCGCACACGGAUCCACAAGAGCCUGUUCAUAGCCAUGGUGCUGCAAGUGUUGAUCAGGCUGACGGUGUACAUCGACCAGGCACUCGUGCGCAGCUGGCGCGCCGACCGCGCCGACAACGACACCGCCGCUCUCAAGGGCAUCGACAAUAUGCCCUACCUAUGUGAAAGCUCGUACAUUCUCCUGGAAUAUGCCAUCACAGUGAUGUUCAUGUGGAUGUUCAUCGAGGGGCUAUAUCUGCACAACGUUGUAACGGCGAAUGCUUUACGGGAAGGCAUUUCUCACGUGGUGUACUACGCCACCGGAUGGGGGUUGCCCGUUAUUCUGACGGCAGUUUGGGCUGCGAUGACUGCACUGCACUAUAAGGGCGAAAGAGUCAACACUUGUUGGUAUGGAUAUAAUUUCUCUCCGCUUUAUUGGAUUAUGCAAGGACCGCGGUUGGGAGUUAUACUGAUAAAUCUGGUGUUUUUAUUGAAUAUAAUGAAGGUGCUUAUUGUUAAAUUAAGAAGUAGCGAGAGUUCAGAAUUAGAAAAAAUCAGGAAAGCGGUCCGGGCCGCGCUAGUCCUGCUGCCGCUGCUGGGCAUCACUAACAUCAUCAACAUGACGGAGGCGCCGCUCGGCGGCAGCGUGUGGAAGUUCGCCCUGUGGAGCUACACUACCCACUUCCUCAGGUCCUUCCAGGGAUUCUUCAUCGCACUCAUCUAUUGUUUCCUAAAUGGAGAGGUAAAGCAGGUGUUACGUAAGCACUACAGCAACUACAUGGCUAUGCGCGGCAACGUACGACGUCACCGGGAUUCUUUCUUCAACUUUUUGUCCAGCAGUGGUGAACAGAAACCCAGCAGGGACAAAAACAAAAAGAGCGAUGAGAUGGAAUUCGCGGAGGCUUUGCAACCCCAGGGUGAAACAAACAUUAUGGAAACCAACGCAAACGCGGAAUAUGUGACGUGAGUUUAAGUCAUUUCAUAAACACAAACCCAGAUAGGUUUGACAAUCCGAUCCAAACAAGACAUUUUUUUCUUAUUACUUAACAGCCAACAGGAGUGGUCAUUUAUCCAUACAAACGUACUCCACUGUUGCCUCCGGGAGUUUUGAUGCUAGAGCAAUGAUUUUUUCAACACAGAUUAAUAUUGUCAAUAUCUGUGUCGGACCGUUUUGCUUUUUUGAUAUUUUUGUUUUUUAAGGCGCUAUAGCCCUUCAAAAAUGGCCAAAUUGGCCUCAUUGACUAUGCCGCAAUGAGAGGCGUAGUAUUCAAAACUGAUAUCAAUUAGCCAAAAAAGCAAUACGGUCCGACACAGAUAAUUUCAUAAUCAUUUAGAUUUCCAAAUUUGGUUACGAUUGGUUAAGUUUUGGAGGAGGAAACAGUCGACUACGAAACCUCGAUUUUUGAGAGUUUUACGCAGGAUUUUUCGCCUUUUCCUUAUCGCACUAGUUUUAGGAGCGGCUUCCGUUAGUGAAACGGGUAUAUUUACCUAAAAUAUUUAAAACUCAGCUCCUAUUUCGUCUUAAGGAUAAACAAAGUGGGAAGGACUUGCCUAACAUGAUUUG